AUGGCGCGCGAUACUCUCUACUUUCCCGCCUCUGAUAGACUAUUCCUCGAGCCUUACCUCCCGCCCAAAGAUCUUGCACUCUCAGGCGCUGACGCUCUUCCAUUUACCACCCUAACAUUCGCAACAUCUCUCGAUUCCCAGCUUGCUCUAUCACCAGGAGCGCGAACCGUUCUCUCUGGCCCACAGUCCAAGGCGAUGACGCACUAUCUCCGCUCGCGCCACGAUGCCAUUCUCAUUGGUGUGGGUACGGCCGUGGCUGACAAUCCCGGCCUGAACUGCCGCAUUGAGGGCGCAGGUGGCUAUGGCGGCGACGGAUUAGAAGGCCAGCCGAGACCUAUUAUUGUUGAUCCCAAAGCCCGCUGGGACUUCACAGAGAAUCAGAAGAUAUUUGAGUUGGCGAGGGAUGGAAGAGGGAAAGCACCUUUCAUCAUCACGGCGGUCGAGACGCCGCCUGCGGACAAGGAAGCGAUUCUAGAGAAACAUGGUGGAAAGUUUAUCAGGGUCGGGUUAAAGACUACGGUUACCGGAGAGUAUGGGCUAUAUUGGAAGGAUGUCCUCAAGGCGUUGGCUGCGGAGGGCCUGGGAAGUGUAAUGAUUGAAGGCGGUGGGGCCGUCAUCAAUUCUUUACUGGUACCAGAAAAUUUUGAGGUUAUUAGCUCUGUGAUAAUCACGAUUGCUCCAACAUGGUUAGGCAGAGGAGGUGUGGUUGUUUCUCCGGAGAGACAAUUUGAUGGUAAUGGGAGCCUGGUUCCUUCUACGAGGCUUAAGAAUGUGAUGUGGCAUCCGUUCGGGGAGGACGUGGUCAUGUGUGGGAACCUCAAGGUCUGA